UUGCUACCCGCCGCUCACGCCCUUCACUUCGCCUGGCCACCCCACGACGACGACAGUGUCCAGCUGCGUCGCCCCAAGGCAUUGAAAAGCAUUGGACCUCACUUGUCGAGCCUAAUUGCGUCUGUCAGUCUGCAUUUUACCACACUGUCGGUCGUCCCGAGGUUUCGUCGCUGUCUCAGCCCGUACCAGCACCCAGUUCCGGAGAUAUUUUUGACCGCCUGCAUGUCUGACUGUUGAUCUAUCCAUAUCCGCAUCCCUCGAGAUAUUCUUGGAACCACCUAUUUGCUGUUUAUACCGUCCGCCAGUCCAUCUCUUGCUUCCGGUACCCAGGAAAAACUGAACUCGAUUUAACGCCGCGAACAUGUCUACUCCGGCUGCAGGCUCGUCGGUCAGCCAGGAAGACCGACGUAGAAGCCUGGGAAAGUACGUGAAGCGGAUGAGCAGUGUUUUUAAGAGGGACAAGUCGAGCAAGAGCAGUGCAUCAUCGACCCCAGCCAUGCCUUCCACACCUACUACCAAGGUCGAGCCCAAGAAGGAAGAGACCACCGCUGCUCUCGCUACAGCUCCCGCAGCGGCAGCUGUCACACCCUCGGAGCCUAUCACGCAGCAACUCAAUCGCAGCGCUCUUCAACACGAACGAGCCCGAGCUCUGUUUGCGAAGUAUGGAUUGACACUUGAGUCGCAUGAAUGGAUUGCUGCACCAGCCCUUCCUGUCAGUGUGCAGCGUGUAGAGAAACCAAUUCGCAUGCGGGUUCACCGUUCCUGCCACCGCUGCGGAACUACCUAUGGGGCAGACAAGAUCUGCACUAGCUGUGAGCACAGGCGCUGCAAGAAGUGCCCUCGCUAUCCCAAGAAGAAAGCCCCUGGAGAGAAGGGCAAGGCAAAGGAGGGCGCCGAGCGACCUAAGAAGAAAAAACUUCUGACCGUGACCUCGAAAACCGGAGGCGAGCUAGUCUACCAGCCCGUGAAGCAGCGAGUCAGGCGCACUUGUCAUAAGUGUGAAAACCUCUUUGUCCCCCCGACAGCUACCCUCUGUGAGAACUGUCGCCAUAUCCGCUGCACCAAAUGUCCAAGAGAGCCAGCUAAGCUAUCAAAAUGGCCCAACGGCUAUCCCGGAGAUGCGGAACCGAACAGUGAGACUGAAGUCGAGCGUGAGCUGGAAAUGGCACGCAGAAUAUGGCGGAAGCCGAGGACACGGGUUCGAUGGGAGUGCGAAGAAUGUCAGAGUCUAUUCCUAGAUGGUUCUCCGCAGUGUCCUGGAUGUGGCCACGAAAGGUGCGAGAAGUGUACCAGGAAACCACUGAAGAGAGUCAAACAAGAACGACAAUUCAACCCGGAAAUCGUCCGAGCCGUCGAGGCAAAGCUUAGGGCUCUUGCAGUCGACGACGAUCUGCCCACCUCUGGUGCUGAGGCUACUUAACAUGCUUAGGCGUCACCAAUCAUGACUUGAGACGACGAGUAAUGACGUAGUACAGCGAGCAUAUAGUCUUGUCUUCAGUCAACUUCACUUCAUCAGACCAUUGUUACAACCAGGAACGUUUUAGGGUAUAUGCUUGGAAUUCGAGAAAUUUGUGCGAGCAAGCAAGCAAGCGAAUGUGGGAUUGAUUUGGACUUGGUUCAGCAAGCCUUGUGGGUGCCUUCUGAAAAGUAUCAGCAACAUUACCUACCAGUUAUCGCACAGGAAUACCAUCUGGACCUGCCUCCCUCUUACGGAAGCAGAGAUUUUCUCUUGGAUC